AAAGUCUUCACACGCAAUAUGGCCACUGACUGGAAUGAGCGAAUGGAGUAGGCAGAGCACCCUUUUUUUAGUGUAAAUAACUUUAUUUCGGUAUCCUAUAUAUGAUAGAGGAAGGAAUGUUCUCAUCUUGUGUCACGUUAUCGUAUAGAGAAGUCUAAUACCGAGUGUAACGUGUGGAAAACAAGGAAUAAACGUUGCAAAUCGGUUCAGAUUGUGAAAUAACACCUUGAACAAUGUCUACAAACACCGAUACAUCUGUCGGACCCGGUGCUGAUGCAACACAGGGACAGGACCGACAACCCUCUUCAUCUAACCUUCCAGACUCUAACCCUCAAACUGAUAGUUCUUUGCCCGACAACCAGCAACAGCAGGAGAACCCUCCGCCCCAACCCCAACAAGCUGCUGCACCGGAAGUGGAUGCAGAGCAGGCAUUGCCGAAUAUUCCUGCUGCACAGAACGCUAACAACGCAAGAGCCAACAAUAAUAACAACAACAACCCGCUUCUCAACGUUAGGGAUCGUCUCUUUCAUGCCCUGUUCUUCAAGAUCGCUAUCACCUAUGCCAGAGCUUUUCCCCCUCCUGUUAGAAGAUUCUUUGAGUUUGCAAUCCUCCUUAAGGCCUUGACUGCCCUAUUUGUUCUUGCAUACAUUCACCGUACAUUCUCUCGUUCACCAAUCAACUGCCUUGCGGACUAUCGUGACAAGUGGCCGAGGGAUGGUAUCCUGAGAGUUGAGAUCGUAAGGAAUCGCAGUGAUGAAAGUCCCAUAUAUGAAGUCUCAUAUGGGAGAAGGAAAUUAGGAGGCAUGACAAAGAUUGAUGACGAUGAGAUGCAUUAUGCCAAUAUGACUAUGAUGCCACCAUACUGGGAAUACCCGGACGUCUUAAAAGCCGACGAUGCCUUGCGUAAGCGAGAGGAAGAGAACACCGAUACCAUCCAGACCUCGUUCUUUAACGGUCUCUCAUGGCAGACAACAAACAUCACGAUAGACAUGUCCGCCACACAAAAGCUUGAGAAAAACAUGCAGCCGUUUCGUGAGACUGUGUCAGAGUUUGAAAUGUUCACAAGAGCAGUUUGGCCAGUAGAUGAGUACAUCAUGGAAUAUUCAUUGGAGUAUGGUUUUCUAAGACUAUCAUCUGGUACGAGAGAGAGACUGGGUAUCCCUGUCAUGGUUAUUCAACUUGAUCCCACACAAGAUGAAUGCUUUGGCGAUUCCUUGAGUCGAUUCCUCCUUGAUGAAUUCCUUGGUUAUGAUGAUAUUCUCAUGUCCAGCGUCAAGAGCUUAGCAGAGUAUGAAGACAACAAAGGUUACCUGCGCAACGUUGUGACGGGAGAGCAUUACCGCUUCGUCAGCAUGUGGAUGGCUCGUUCCUCGUACAUCGCAGCCGGGUUCAUCAUGCUGAUCUUCACCAUAUCCAUCUCAAUGCUACUAAGAUACUCUCAUCAUCAGAUCUUUGUCUUCAUUGUUGACCUACUACAAAUGUUGGAGAUGAAUACAACAAUUGCGUUCCCUGCUGCUCCUCUGCUUACAGUCAUCCUUGCUCUAGUUGGUAUGGAAGCUAUCAUGUCUGAGUUCUUCAACGAUACAACCACGGCAUUCUACAUCAUUCUCAUUGUAUGGGUAGCUGAUCAAUAUGAUGCUAUCUGUUGUCAUACACAGAUCACUAAACGUCACUGGCUAAGAUUCUUUUACUUGUACCAUUUUGCAUUUUAUGCAUACCAUUAUCGCUUCAAUGGGCAGUACAGUGGCUUAGCACUCAUUACAUCCUGGCUUUUCAUUCAGCACUCCAUGAUAUACUUCUUUCACCACUAUGAGUUACCUGCCAUCUUACAGCAAGCUAGGCUUCAAGUGUUGCUACAACGCAACCAGCAUGGUGGUAUGCAUCCUCGUAUCAACAUCAAUAUCAACCUGGGAGAGAAUGCGCCGCAACAACAGCAACCCCAGCCAGGCAACACUGAUAGACAGGAGGACAAUAACCAAGGUGGAGGUAAUACAACACCGAAUGGUACGCAACCACAACAGCAACAACAAGCCACACAACCUGUACCUGGUGUUAAUGUGGCUGCUGUUCAACGUCCAGUGUGGCGGCAACGUCGCACGCUUUUCAGCAUGUACCUUGGGGCGUUGCUCUAUCGGCGGCCAGCAACCGCCAACGCUGCGGUAAGCCAACAAACAGAGGUGGCUUCAUCUGCAGCAGAAACGGCCACUUCAAACUCAGCAACUCAUGCUACAACAAAUACUGACAAUAGCCUCAGUCGGGAAUCGCCCGAGAGCAGAACUGUCACAAAUCUCAGUGACUCAAAUCAAAACAAUGCAUCGCAAGGAGAAACUGAAAUUAGUAACGCUUCGUUGAUGCAGAACACACUACCAGAGACGAGCAAUCCUGUCUCAUCAAGUACGAGCCAAUCGGACUCUAGUAGACUUGAUACAUCAAAAGGAAGCAGUACAUUAGCAUCAUGUGAAAACCUUUUACCUACAACUCAAACUUUGCCAAGUAAUACACUACAAGAUUCUAUGUUAUUGGAAAGUAUAUCACAAGCAUCUACAACUAUUAAAUCUGGUAAUGUUGAACAAUGAUAGUACUCAGUGGUGCAUAUAAAAAGCCAGUUCCAAAGGAUACAUUCUAGGGAAAGGCUGUAGCAUAGGUAGAUGAUAUAAUUCUGCAGAAAACCUCCGUUAUAUCUGUACUCGAUCUUUUAAAGAUUGAUAUUGGGUUUCUGCAUGAUGGUCUUUCCAGCUAUCAGCAAUGGUAGGUUCAUUAGAACCUACUUUGCUGUAAGCUGAGCACCAUAUCAUAAAGCUUGUCAACUCUAACAAAUGGUCAUUCUUUACCAGAUUUUAGGACAUUCUUUGUAUGUUUACCCUUUAAUUGAUAAAUCUGAGGUUUUCUGCAGUAUAAAUUUUAUUGAUGUUUAGGUAUGAAAUGGGCAUGUAAAUAUAUAUCUAACCAGUCAAAUUAAUUUUUCUUUGAAACUAAAUUUUGAUGAUUUGAAAUAGUAUGAUCCUCCUAAUGAGAUGCAUUUAUUCUUUAUACUACAAAGAAACUCUAGAUUCUUUAUAUCAGUUUUGAGUCUUAAAGCUGCUGAUUAAAGAAGUAAAAAUUUUAAUAAAAACGUGUCAGCGCAUUGACUGAAGUGGAGAUCUAAUCCCUCAAAACAUUAUUUACAAAAUUGCUAAUUUUUUCUUCUCUCUUAACUUUACAUAGUCUCUCUUUUUAUUUUCCACUCUAACAAUACCUCAGAAAAAUACCACAUAUUGUAUCAAAAUUAAAAUGCAGCUUUUUCAUAUUCAGGAAUAGAUGUCUCACAUGUCACUUUAAUCAAUUAAAUUUCAUGUUAAAGACUUCAGCUUAUAAAGCAAUACUUAAAAUAUAUUUGCUUUGAGGCUUACAAACAUUUUUACAUUAGUUUCAUGAAAUCAAGGAGAAUUACUUAGAAGCAAGAAUUACAUACCUAGGCUUAUUUUGUAAAUUGUUACAAUCAUUUUUGAGGCACUUUAUAUCAUUAUUGAUUCAAUGACGUUUAACUUGCUCUAAUACUCAGCAAUGCUUAAAUGUUUACACCCUGUAUUAACUGAACGUCAGGAAUGCGGAUUAUGUAUCCUCGAUUUAAUUCUUUGGGCAGUUUGAGAGCUUUAUCAACUCGCAAUUGAUCACCGAUGGUGAUCAGUUAUAUGUUAUUCCUAUAUUCAUAAGUCAUAUGUUUUCCUUCAGCAAGAAAUUUACUCACAUUGUGCUGCACUCAACCCAGAUGAGAUGAAUGGGUACCUGGUAGGAAGAAAUUAUCAAUGCUCAAGCAUCCAUUCAAUGUAGCCGUGCUUAAGCCAGGGUAAUAAUAACAUUGUCAUGUUGAGCAUAUCCCGUUGGGAGAACAGUUUUCGGAACUGAAGUGGCUACCCGGAGUAAAAUAUGACCUUAUUAUUAUCAUCAUUAUUCUUACAUUAUCACCCAUGUUGAUUCAUAACCUGUCAUUUCAGAUCUUAUCACCAGUGCACACUUUCACUCGUUAACAUAUGUGAUGUUCCUCAUUUACAGCAAUAGGACGUGUGAUCCAUCACAAUGCACAAUACAAAUCGUCCUUUGUGAAGUAAAACAGGGGCAGCGGAACCAGGGGAUAGGAGGCUUCAGCCUCCUCCCCCAUUUUUCAUUAAACGCUACAAAUGAUUGUGAUUUUAUGCAUGGUCAGCCCCCUCCCCCCACCCCAAGCAUUCAAAACUGUUUCAUGCCCCCAGUAUAACUUCCACGAUGUUAAAAAUAGCUCACUGUAUUAUGCUCGUUUCUAAGCUCUGGAAAUUAGUCAUAACCAAUCAGUUAAUCAGACGUUACAGAGACUCAUUUUCCAUAGUUAAAUGGUGGUUGCCAGUGAUGAUUAUAAGUGUUAUCCAUCACAGUAAGCAAUUAACACACCGGGGGGGGGGGCACGUAGAGUAAUACUUAGGUUGGUCAUUUUCAGAAUCUAUUGAUCUUGAUUUUUCCAUAUGCAUUAAUUAUUUUAUCAUAAUUGAAAUAGUUUAUGUAUUGACAUGUGUCUCGUAUCAUUGUGUUAAUAUGAUCUUCCAGGUGCACACUUAUCUUCUAAAAGUCAACAGUAAGCAUCAUAAGAAAAGAAUAUCCUGGAUGGCAGCCUUAAACACAUGUAGUGCACUUUAACCUUAAGCUUUUGUAACCAAGUAGUCCAUGUCUGUUUUCUGUUUAUGGUAACUCCCACAGGAACUCCGCAGGACAGCUUUUUGCUGGUAAACACCAAGCUGGUAUAUAACCAAUUACCUAGGAAACAUUUUACGUCAAAGUUAAUCAGUCAUUGUGGCUGGCGUUGUAGACGACAGAUAUUGCUCUUGGGUCUUUUUAUCAAAGUGGAGACAGUGGUAGAGUGGGGAUUGAACUCACAAACUUUCGAUUAUGGGUCCAAUGCUUUAACCAAUGGACCACACGACCGGUUGAUUUUGAAACCUAUGAGAAUUACAGCAUUUAGUGGUCAACAGAUCAGGUCUCAAAAUUUAUUUCAAUUCCAUAAUCUGUACACACGUGCAUUGCCAAUAAUUCCAUUAAGGUUUGAGUACGAUUGACAUAUCAUUGAAGUUGUAUUUUUUUGUAUUGGACCUGGAAUCCUUGCAUCAUUCUUAUUAGAGUUAUCCUAUAACGAUUUAUAUAAGAAAGUAGUUCCCAAGAAUUAAUGCGAUUGAGGAAGAAUGUAAUACUAAAAAUAACCUCAGAAGUAAUUCUUUAUUAAAAGGAUUGCUCUUGAUAAAGAUGAUAUAGAAUUUGACACUUCUUUGCAUUUUAUGUGAAUUGUGCAAAAGAGCAGACAUGUUUUGAUUGUCUGUAGUUUGUUAUUGACUGUUUAUCAGUUGAACGAUUCUCUAGGUUCUGUUGCCAUUAUUGUCCAUAUUUAAAUUAAUGAAGUUCUGAAAAGUAACUUCAUUCAAUUUAGGGGGCAAUCAGAACAUCUUUUCAAGUGGUAUCAUCUGAAUGUUCUGUAUUACUCUGUAUCCAAAAUCAAACUUUAAGAAUGAAAUCAUAUUGACUAGGUUUUUUUUAAAUAGUGUGAAAAAGGUGCUAGAUAUAUAUUUUUUUCAUAAGAAACUAGUCUUAUUUUCGGACAUUUAAGAUUUCAAUGAUUUCUCGAAUAAACUGUUGUAAUGAAUAUUUCAUACAAAACAUUCACCUUAAAUCUAUAAGGUUUCUGUUUGAGAAAUGUAUCAUUUUGUUGAUAUUUUAGAGGUCCGGUUUUGUAUUUUUCCUUGUGUAUGCUCAGUAUUUAAAAGGGACUUGCAACUAUCAAUGCUGCAUGACCCCAGUGAAGAAUGUUCCCUUCUAAUUUAAGAUGAUAACUAUUUUAGAAAAUGUGUCCCUUGUCCAGAAAUCAUCUCAUUUGGUUUUUGAACACUAAUUUUCUCUCAAGUUUUCCAUGCCAUGAUAUUGUUACAAGUAGAUAUGCACUUAACAGAAAAAGCAUACUUUUCAUAAUACUUUAUUAAUCAAUAUGCUCUUGCACCAUGUUGUUGAAAUCACUCAUUUCCCUUACAGACGCUAGAUGGUCCCAUCUUUGAAUAUGUGUUUUGAAUUGAGAAUUUCCCCUUUCAGAUAUAACUCUUCAAAAGCACUUUGUCCGUUUUGCAUGGAGUCAACACAGUAAUAAUAAUAAUAAAGCUUCUCACAAAUCUAAACACUGAUGUGUGUGGUUAAUUGAAUCAUGCCAUUAACUGUGCACUGUAUGAGAACAUUGAUUUUACACUUUUUUGUUGUUCAAAUAAUUCUUUGAUUAAAAUAUGCAUUUAUUAUAUGUCA